UUCAUACCUCGCUAUAAGUAAUAUUUUCUCAAAUUCAAGGUUGUGGAAUACCUUUUCGUCGUUUCUCUUCGGAAGCCAAUGAAAUGUAUUAGAUAACGCACAAUUUAGCAGCCAAUCAAAUUAUUGGGAAAACCGAUCCAUUCUCUUUAAAAAAGAUAUAUACAUUCGCUUUAAAGCAUAAGUGUUGACACUGAGGUGAAUUCGAGCACUAUGUAUCUGAAACCUUCAGAAAUAUUCUUUUCGCAAGAUUCAAUUAAUAAUGUUUUUGAUAAAAAUUGUGGUCAUAGAUAUAAGCCGAUAGGCGAAACACUUGAUGCAUUAUGCGAAGGAAGGUGCUCUGUAAAUAGCAUACCAACUAUAUCAGUUGUAAAACAUAACAAUAAAUGGUUCACAGCUGAUAAUAGGCGGCUUUGGGUUUUUCGGAACCUGGAGAGACUGGGAAAGUGUGACAAAAUAUAUGUUAGUGAGGGGUUUUAUAUUCCUCCAUCAAAGUUUACCACAUAUAAUGGAGGCGAAUCAGUUCAUGUUCGCAAUGGCUCCCCAGGAGGAUUUUGGCAUCGAAAACCAAGUGUGAAAAAGCCAACGCCUACUCCUACUAUAACCAUUAACAAAAUGCCAGUAUCUGUCAACGAUAUUAAAAAGGAAAAUGUGGCAAAGGAACAUAACAUUGAUGACAACACAAUCCAUUCAUCAGGCAGGCGCCCAUUUCAGGAAAUGGGAAAUUUAGUUUCUGACUAUAGUGUGAUAGAUGAAACUAUCAGUUCACACUCCGAACCGGACAGUGAUACUGAUACAGUGUCCACAAGUUGUUCCGUGGAGCAAAGUAAAUAUCUUACAUCCUCGGGAAAUUCGGAUAGGUCUUUAUCCCAAGAAAAGCAAACAGUUCAGGAAGCGAAUUUAAAAGUAAUUGUUUUAGAUGAAACCGCUAUAGAAUUACACAUUUCACCUUGUCAGAAUGUUGUUGAUGAAGACAAUAACAAUAGUUUAACUGUUACAGCAAACCCGCAAACGACACAGACUAAUACUACUAAGAAAUGUAAAAUACUAUGUAUCGUUAUAACCGUCAUAGUGGUUAUUCUGUUUUCAGUAUUAGUUCCAGUUCUUGCUUUAUAAACUUAAAUUGUGAAUGAUAUUUCCAUUCAAUGAAGUAUUCCGGUUUUCAUUCAGAUACAGUGAUCAGGUUUUUGCCUUUCAAGUCUGGUCGUCUAUUAGGUUGAAUGAAAAGGAAUCUUGGAUGAAUACUUCUUUUCACUGCAUUUGUUUAAAUGUCUUAUGUCGUAUAAUGAAUGACGCAAGGAAUGAAUAUUUUAAAUCUAAAUAUUCAUGUUCGCCUCAGAUAUAUAUACAUAUAUUAUGUUGAUUAUCUUUUGUUAAUUCAAAAUUUUAGAGCACAAUGUUAUGUUUGUAUAAAGGUAAAAAAGCAAUUCAACAAUUUAAGUUGUACCUUAUCCAUCUUAUGCGUAAUAAGAAUAAAAAUAGCAUAAAUAACAUUUUGAGUUCAGAUGUAGUGGAAAAAUACUUUAUAUAUCAUUCGAAUUGAAUUUCCGAAAAUAUAAAUUUACCUUACCUUUAGUUAGAUAACGACUUAAGCUAAAUAUAGCUUUACCUCUCUAAGCUUAUAUUAAGUAGCACUUCUGUUUGUUUGUUAUUUAUUGAAAAAUCAUUGUAAUUCAAGAAUAUGUAUAUGUAGCUAGACACAAUGAAGUUUAUUGCUCAUUUAUAUAUGCCGUUAUAAAAAAUAAUGCACAUAGACGUUCCUUGUAAAUAAUGUUGUAAGUGAUUCAGAUUUAUAUAAUCUAUUGUCAAAUGCCAUGUCGUAUUAAAAUCUAACAUUAAAAGGUCAAUUAUGCAGUAUCAUAUAAAGUUUUGUGUGCACGAGUAAAAACUUUGAUCAGUGUAACUCUAUCAACGUGAAAAAAAUA